UUGAGGUCGUGCAGCUAUCGGCCUACAUUUGACACCGUCUUUAAAUGGCCACAUCAGCAGACAGAUAAUCAGUGAGAUAAAGAACAGCAUCUUCCAUGCCAGCUCAAGGAGGGGUGGGUGUGUAUAAAUUGAGGUCUUUGGGGAAUCACAAUCUCACGGUCUGCUGUAGCGCUUCAUCAUCAGCUGCCUUCAACCCGACGAGCCUGCAGCCAUGUCCUUUAAUGGAACCUGGAAGGUCGACCGCAGUGAGAACUAUGUCAAGUUCAUGGAGCAAAUGGGUGUUAAUCUUGUGAAACGCAAGGUGGCAGAGCACGACAACCUGAAGAUCACCAUCGAGCAGAACGGGGACAAGUUUCACGUCAAAGAGUCCAGCACUAUACGCACCAAAGAGGUUGACUUCACUCUGGGCGUUCCGUUCGACUACACCCUGGCUGAUGGCACUGAAGUCUCAGGUGCAUGGGAGAUGGAGGGGGACAUGAUGAAAGGCAAAUUCACCAGGAAAGACAACAACAAGCUCCUGACCACUACUAGAACUCUGGUGGGCGGAGAGCUCGUGCAGAGCUACAACUAUGACGGGGUGGAUGCCAAGAGGAUUUUCAAGAAGCAGUAACCUGGAUAUUGAAGUUCAAAUUUUAUUUUAUAUAAAUCACACAGCCCAGUGAACUGUAUCUGAAGUUAUUGUUGGCAUUUAGCUUAUUUUACAAGAAAAAUUAUGGUCACCAUGUUCACGAAACACUGAAAUGGUCACACAGCUCAGUUAAAUUUGCAUCCCUUUUCCUAUGAAAGGAGAAAACAAACACUAAACAGCAUCCUGGCAGUGGAUGUCUGUCUGUAGCAGUAGCUAAACAUUCAAAUGGGUUUAGUUUUAUUUGUCUUGGAGGUGUUCGGGAUAAUCCGCACAUCAUAGUGUCAACAAAUUUCACAGGACUCAUUCAUUGGUAUGGUGUAGGUUAUCCACAGUAAUGGCUGUUUUCAAGAAAAGCUCCACAGCAACAUGAAAUACAUGAAAUGCUAUUGUGUGUGUUCAAACAGGGAAAAAAAUCAAAUUGCACUAUUGGUUCCCAAGUAUCAGAUAUUCUUCUACAAUAAAACAUGUUUAUUAUGUCUCUUGA